UAACGCAUAUAUCUGCUAGGUCGGUUGGUGGUCGCCUGCUGAUGACGCCAUACUUUUGACAUUGGCAUGGGGCGUAAUUAAAAUAUAGCGGACAUAGUAUUUGCUGUAAUUAUGGCUCUUCCCUGGCUCUCAAGAUCCCUUUCUGGGCUACUCAUGGAGACGGCGUCCCUAAAUUGUCAGAGGAAUUUUAGUGUAUCUGCUGUUGCUGCAGCCAUUCAAAAAAUGACAAGAGUACGUGUAGUGGACAACAGUUCUCUUGGAAAUACUCCAUAUCACCGUCCUCCGAGAGUGAUCCAUGUCUACACCAAGAACGGCGUAGGAAAAGUUGGUGACAGAGUGUUACUUGCCAUUAAAGGACAAAAGAAGAAGGCGCUUAUCGUUGGACACAAAAUGCCUGGAGACCGGAUGGCUCCACGCUUUGAUUCUAACAAUGUUGUACUCAUUGAGGACAAUGGGAACCCCACAGGAACAAGGAUUAAAGUCCCUGUACCCACACAUCUACGUAAACUAGAGGGAGAUUACUCUAAAGUAUUGGCAAUUGCUAAUUCAUUUGUCUAAUCGUGUCAAAUAUGUGAACAUUUUGUGCUCAAGUUGUCUUCAAUAAACUUUAAAAGAACA